AUGUCUCAACUACCACAGGCAGCCAGCAACACGAGUAGAAGGAGUGAUGUUGCCGCCCAGAUCUCUAUACUAUCGACCAGUGCUGCUGGGGAACGACAAUACCUGGGCUCUACUAGUGGUGUGCUGUUCGCGGAUCUGGUGAGAGCGAGUGUCGACGUUCCUCAUUCGAGACACCCAUCGCCACCAAUCACGAUACAUUCCGAGGACUCACCAGAAAUUUCUGAAGAAAUUCGUCCUGACAUACCACGAGAGCUACCGCCGAAGAAGCUAGCACGGAAGCUGAUACAAGCGUAUCUUGAUCAUGACUUCCUAAGCUAUCCCUUCCUCACACCGUUAGAGAUUCAUAGGAUUCUAGACUGCUUGUAUGGCUCGGGCAUAGCAAGUCUGACCUGCUAUGAACUCUUCGUGAUUGAUAUGCUCUUCGCUAUUAGUACAGCGCAGGUCUCAAAGUACGACUGGAGGCAAUUGCCGAGUGCUGAAAGCCACCAUGCUCGAGCAAUGUCUAACAUUGGUGGUGUUCUACGCCUUGGCGGGUUGCAGUCUUUGCAUGCUAUCCUUCUGCUUUGCCAGUACAGAACGGGCAGCUCCAUUCAAGACAACUCGGGGUCAAUGUGGUUACUCGUCGGAAUUGCCGCUCGGAUGUGCUUUGAGAUGGGAUUGCACAAGGAGUCAGCCUACCAAUUGACCGGACCUGGAGACGACGAUGCUACGGCAAAGCGCUACCUACUACAGGAGUCAAAGAGGCGAUCUUUCUGGAGUGUCCUCUGCAUGGACAGAAUUACAUCGCUCAUACUUGGUCGACCCUGUGCUAUAAGAGACGACGACUUUGACCAUGUUUGUCCGAUGGAGGACUCUACAAUAAUCCCAUCUCCCAGUGCGGACGGACAUAUAAUGCCGUUUGUCUUUAGACACAUCGUAUCCUAUCGAUUACUUUGCGGCCGGGUUGUUUCUGCUCUCCACCGCAAGAAAGCUUCGGAUGUCUCGGAGCAACAUGUUCUGCAAAUAAGACAAGAACUCUGUGCAGACCUCGAAAAAUGGAAACAAGAUGUAGAACAGUUGCAUCUGGAACAGACUCCGCAAACAUCCUCUUCCUGUCACCUGUCUAUGGAGUGGUACGAUCUGUUAUACUCUAAUGCUAUGCUUAUACUCUGGCGCCCUUCACCGCUCCUACCUGACGUCUCGCACGACGCAAAAGCCCUACAAUUCAUCUUCGAAUCGGCAAAACAGAGCAUCACAAUUUAUGCGAGCCUCCACAAGUCCCGAAAGAUCAACUACAGUUGGAUCACUUUGCAGUCGGUAUUCCUUGCUGGUCUGUCAUAUGUGUAUGCCUGCGGUCGUCACUUCCGCUCGCGCUGGCGCAACCCUUCCGAGCCAUCCUUGCAGAAAGAUCCGACGACUAUCGAAGUGGUGAAUGACACUAGAGCAUGCUCAAAUGUGCUUGUAGCCGUCUCUGAACGUUGGAACGCGCUCAGGAAUUGCCAUGAAGUAUUCGAUAGACUGUCAGAUGCCAUUUUGAGCGAUGCGAUCAAACUUCAAACGGCACAAGCACAGCAAAUGGCUCAUUCUAUGGUAACGCAGCCUGUUGGCAUGAGCAACAACAGCAAUUUCAACAACACUUUGAUGACGUCGCGGGACACGACUACUUUCUCGCCAUUAGCUGUCGAUACGGAGUUUCUGCACUGUUUUGACGAUCUGCAGCAACUGUACAACAUGCAGCAGAUAGAAGACCCGAUCAUGGAGUUGAGUCAAGACUGGCUCGGUUACUUGGGAAAUGGUAGCGAGUUUGUUGAGCCUCCGUAUCAAAUGUCGGGGUAUUAA